CUAGAGCCUGCUCAGGUUGAGGUUGGUACUUUUAAGUUUCACGACCUGACAGACUUCUUAUAGGUAAAAGUUGUGGUCUUACAAUAAAAAGUUCCGGGUUAUCAAGUGAAUAAAAAAAAAAAUUCUCCAGGAUGACUGAAGUGUCCGCCGCCCAAAAAAAUAGGGAAAUGUUCGCUAUUAAAAAGAGCUAUAGCAUUGAGAAUGGAUACCCGGCCAGGCGUAGAUCUCUCGUUGAUGACGCCAGGUUUGAAACUUUGGUCGUGAAACAGACGAAACAGACGGUACUAGACGAGGCCAGGCUCAGGUCCAAUGACUCUAGCGUAGACGCCGAUUUCGAAAACGAACAAGCCAACCAGCUGCCUGAGGAAAAUACCAACAAAGAUGACACUGGUCUUACCGAAGAGGAAGUCGUUUUGGCCAACGCCAUCUCCGACGAUCCGGAAUCCGAAAAGGCCAUUCAAAGGGCCGCUCUGGUUCUUCAUCUCAAAGAAGGCAUGAGCUCCCUGUCCCGAGUACUCAAGUCGAUCGAAAAGUACCAGGGUGUCGUCGUACACUUGGAAACUCGUCCCAAUGUGGCGGUAAAAACCCAACUGGAUACUCUCGUUAAAAUCGACAUGAGCAGAAUCAAUAUGCUGCAACUUUUGAAGAACUUGAGGCAAUCGCAAACUUUGGAACACGCCACUUUGAUCGGCGACGAUAACAUUUCCGCUAAGAACCCGUGGUUCCCAAGACACGCAAGCGAAUUGGACAGUUGUAACCAUUUGAUGACCAAGUAUGAACCUGAUUUGGAUAUGAACCAUCCUGGAUUUGCUGAUAAGGUUUAUAGGGAGAGAAGGAAGCAGAUUGCUGAAAUUGCUUUUGGCUACAAAUAUGGAGAUCCAGUUCCGUUUAUUCCAUACACCGAAACCGAAAACAAAACAUGGAAAUCAGUAUUCACCACCGUCUUGGACUUGAUGCCGAAGCACGCUUGCGCAGAAUACCGUCGCGUAUUCAAACUACUCCAAGAAGAAGGACUUUUCGUUCCGGACAAAAUCCCUCAACUUGAAGAAAUGUCCAAGUUCAUGCAAAAACACACCGGAUUCACUCUGAGACCGGCCGCCGGUCUGCUGACGGCCAGAGAUUUUUUGGCUUCGCUCGCUUUCAGAAUUUUCCAGAGUACUCAGUACAUUCGUCACAUCAAUUCGCCUUUCCACACUCCAGAACCUGAUGCAAUCCACGAAAUCCUUGGACACAUGCCUCUACUAGCCGAUCCAAGCUUCGCCCAAUUUUCGCAAGAAAUCGGCUUAGCUUCAUUGGGCGCUUCCGACAAAGAAAUUGAAAAACUAUCCACCGUUUACUGGUUCACUGUCGAAUUCGGUCUUUGCAAGGAAGGCGGUGAAACCAAAGUCUACGGCGCCGGUCUUCUUUCAGCCUACGGCGAAUUGUUGCACGCUCUUUCCGACAAACCUGAACACAGACCUUUCGAUCCCGCCUCCACAGCCGUACAAACUUACCAAGACCAAGAGUACCAACCUCUUUAUUACGUAGCUGAAAGCUUCGACGACAUGAAAGACAAAUUCAGACGUUGGGUGAGCUCCAUGUCCAGACCUUUCGAGGUCAGGUUCAACCCGCACACCGGCAGAGUCGAAGUGUUGGAUUCCGUGGAAAAAAUGGAGAGUUUGGUGCAGCAACUCAACACCGAAGUACUUCAUUUGGCCAAUGCCAUUAACAAAAUGAAGGCACCGAGCCUGAGCUAAAUAGUCGAUCUUAUAAAACAAAGGCUCAUUUAGGUUGUAUUUGUGUAAAAUUUGUUUUUGUGUAAUAUAUUUUGAUUUAUUAUUUAUAUACUUAAAUGAUCUGUAGAUGUUUAGGAGAUUUCAUAGUAUUAUUUAGCUAGUAGCUGUGUAGGUAGAGUGCAAUUAAUUUGCACCAGUGAUUAUGUGAUGAUGUUGUGUCUAGUACCCUCCUUUUAUUAAGUUGUAAAUGACAGUGGCUUUUUGGUAGUUAACUAUAGAAAAAGCGUUUUAGUUCCUUUAGAAGUCAGUGUUCUAUCAAUUCAAUCAAUGCAUUUUGAAAAACGCUUUUUUAAGUUUUGCCUGGAGCUGCAAUAUUUAAUAUUUAUAUUCUUAUAGCACCUUCGCACGCAAGCUAUAUAUUAUUGUAUUUAAAAUAUUAAUUGAGUAUUAUAAAAUUUAGAAAAUAAAAACGUGCAAUCAUUAUUUUUAUU